GCCUGAAGUGCCCUAUGUCACUCACAGCUGCAAUUGACGCUGGGAAGAGAACUACCUGUCUUUCCUUUUGGAGUGCAGACAAGAGGAGGACCUGGACAGCAUGAGUUCCAAACCAAAGUCAGUUGGGAUCAUCGGAGCUCCUUUCUCAAAAGGACAGCCACGAGGAGGAGUAGAGGAAGGCCCUGGAGCACUAAGAAAGGCUGGCCUACUUGAAAGACUUGAAGAACAAGCAUGUAAUGUGAAAGAUUAUGGAGACUUAGCCUUUGUUGAUGUGCUCAACGAUACCCCCUUUCAAAUUGUGAAGAAUCCAAGGACUGUGGGAAAAGCUAAUGAGCAAUUGGCUGCAGCUGUAACAGCAGUAAAAAAGGAUGGGAGAACCAGCUUAGUACUUGGCGGGGAUCACAGUUUGGCAGUUGGAAGUAUCUCUGGCCAUGCCAAGGUUCAUCCUGAUCUCUGCGUCAUUUGGGUAGAUGCGCAUAGUGAUAUCAACACUCCUCUAACAACUACCACUGGCAACUUACACGGACAGCCUGUGUCUUUCCUUUUGAAGGAACUAAAGGGAAAGUUCCCUGAUAUUCCAGGAUUCUCUUGGGUGACACCCUGCUUAUCAGCCAAGGACAUUGUAUAUAUUGGGUUGAGAGAUGUGGAUCCUGGUGAACAUCUCAUCAUUAAAGAGCUGGGUAUUAAAUUUUUUUCAAUGACUGAAGUGGAUAAGCUUGGAAUUGGCAAGGUGAUGGAAGAAACACUAAAUUACUUAAUAGGAAGGAAGAAAAGACCAAUUCAUCUGAGUUAUGAUGUAGAUGGGUUGGAUCCAACUCUGACACCAGCUACUGGCACACCUGUCCCUGGAGGCCUCACUUACAGAGAAGGUCUCUACAUUACAGAAGAAGUCUAUAAAACAGGGCUCCUCUCAGGAGUAGACAUAAUGGAAGUCAAUCCAUCCCUUGGGAAGACACCAGAAGAAGUACACCGGACAGUAAAUACAGCUGUUGCAUUAACUUUGUCCUGCUUUGGAGUAGCUCGAGAGGGCAAUGAUAAAAAGUGACAAUUGACUGUUUCUGAAAAGGAACUGGGAGGUGGGAAGAGAGCUGGUUAACAAUGAGCAAAUGUAAAAAUUGUGCUUAAGCUUACCCUUUCCCCAAAGCCUUUUGCCAGAUUUUAAUAGGUAGAUAAUUAAAGUUCUGAUACCUUCUUUAGUGUGAAAUCAAAGUAUUUUUGUUUGCCCUUUAACUGUAAUCAAUGGAAAAGACCUUGGGGAAAAAUGUAAAGUUGAAGCAAAUUCAUUAAUUUGCUGUUAGCUGGUUUGACAACGUAAACACAUAGUGAAAACUGGUAAACAUGAGGCAAUCUUAUUCAUGAGUUUUUAGUUCUUUUUAUAAGGAAGGAAGAAUAAUUUCAAAAAGGCCUUCCAGGGGCCUUCCAGGUGGCGCAGUGGAUAGAGCACUGGCCCUGGAGUCAGGAGUACCUGAGUUCAAAUCUGGCCUCAGACACUUGAUACUAGCUGUGUGACCCUGAGCAAGUCACUUAACCCCAUUGCCCUGGGGAAAAAAAAAAGGCCUUCCCAGUCUUCCACUAGUAAUGCAAGUCUGUGUAGGGGAAAUGCAUUGUUUUGAAAUUUCUUUCUUCCAAAAUGUUUGACUAAUAAAAACAAAUUUAUUUUAACAUUGAAAA